UGCCGUGUGCUGUGAUAGUUCUUCUUGUUUCUAAUCUUAGCAACGUGCGACAAGAAGGAGAAUUAGUAUCUCCUUUGGGUUCAACAUUCAACAACCAUUUUUCCUUAGCUCCCGUACCGCCAUACGUUCCACUAUCGAAGUGAAAGUACAGSCAACAUAGUAUCCCAAGCUUGCUUUGAUAAUUGAAUUGAAACGAACUGGAGACUGUAGUCGAGAACGAACGAGAGAGAACUUCGUCUACCAACAUUCCAAACCCAACAAAUUCCACUCGAUUCUGUGGCAGAUAGUGUACAUUGUACGAGUACAAACAGUUUUUGCAUAAAAAGAACGUGAAUCGAUGUCUGCUCCCGCUCCCGCUACUGUCAAUGGCACCGCCGACGGUGAGGCACCCCAGCCCAUGUUCCAAAUGUCCAACCCCGUAAGUUCUGGUCUGUGACGAUCCGAGUUGAUCUUGGUCGAACGCAGCRCAGUCGAUUUWUCKUUCAAGUGUCUCGGUGUUUGUUCUUUUUUUCCACGAGCGCCGGCCUCCUCACACYGCAAGCSCCUUGUUGCCCGAUGGUUUUUCUUUUGUUUUUCAGGCCGCCACCACCAACGGGGACGGUGCCACGCCGUCCRUCGGUGGCGGGCUCGACAUCGGGAACCUCGACCUAGAAGAGCUCUUUGUGGAUUGCUAUUACGACGUUCCCGGAAUGGCMGACAUGGCCAACGACCAGCACGCCAACGCACCGGCUCCGGCGGCACCGGUCCCCACCCCGGUCUCUGCCAUGCACCCCGCCGUGGCCGGAGACCCCGCCGCAUCGGCCGGCAUGGUGGCUCCCCCGGCCCCUCCCGCUCCGCAGCCCGCGGCGGUCCCCUCGGCCGCGGCCCCCGCCGCCGAGUCGUCGAAAAAGCGGCCCGCCAGCGAGAUCGCGGACGGCCCCUCCAGCGGGGGGCAGCUCACGGCCAAGCAAAAGCUCGAGCGCCGCGAGCGAAACCGCGAGCACGCCAAGCGCAGCCGCCUCCGAAAGAAGUUUCUGCUGGAGUCCCUCCAGGAACAAAUCCACGGGCUGCAGGAGCAGCUGGACAAGUUCAAGAAGGCGAUCCGGACCGAGCUUCCCGCGCCCCGAGCAGAAGAGGUCAUCGAUCAGAUCUGYGGGCACGAGAACAAAUACACGCCGCUGCCCAUGCCGUCCGGCUUUGGCCCCGUCAAGACGCUCAUGGAACCCGAUUUCCGGCUCAUGUCGGCCCUCUCGGGAUCCCAGCAAAAUUUUGCCAUUUCCGACCCUACCCUUCCCGACAAUCCGAUCGUGUACGUCUCGCAGGGAUUUUUGGACCUCACCGGGUACCAGCUGGACCAGGUUCUGGGAAGAAACUGCCGGUUCCUCCAGGGACCCGGUACCGACCAGUCGGCGGUCGAUGUCAUCCGAAAGGGCAUCUCGGARGGCAUCGAUACCAGUGUGUGUCUGUUGAAUUACAAGGCGGACGGAACGCCCUUCUGGAACCAGUUCUUUGUAGCGGCCCUGAGAGACGCCGAAAACAACGUCGUGAACUAUGUUGGUGUUCAGUGCGAGGUCAGCAAGGCGGUUGUGGAGAAACACAUGGGAAAGGAAAAGAAAUARUCCGGCAGUAAUUCAUUUAUUCGCAAAAAGUGGUGCCUCCCUCAGCUAUCUGCAUCGUCCUUCCGGAAAACAAACUACUGCGCAGGCUAUCGCACUGGCACACAUGGACUGUGGAGAGCAGCGUUAAUYUUUGGAACCCUUGCGGGCUAUGGCCAUUCCAUCAUCGAAUGCACGCAUGAAAACAUCUCAUUGUGAUUUUUGUAGCUGAUAGAGAUGGAAUGGACAGGCAGAAGAGGAGWAAUGAAUGAACGGUCRAAAGGCGGCAAGGGAUGCCCCAAAAGGAACGAAUGAAUGAAUGCAAGCGAAUUUCCAUGCUGUAGGCUUGUCUAGAAAAUGGAACUCGGAACCGAACACAAGCACCGGGCACGACGAGACGGAACAAUAAUGCGGUGCGAAACGAACGAACUAACCAAUGGAAACAAACAAACAAACAAACAAACGAAGGGCGAGAUGCUGCUCGGGGGAACACGUUGCACUGUCACAAAGAUCAAUCGGGAAUUACGCGCAGCAGCCUCUGCGAAACUAAUUGGAUUUACA